AUGCAGUGGAUCUCUUGUACUGAAAAUGAGCAGCCACAAGCUAUCUCCAUUACAGAAUUUGUUGACUUUAUUCGCAUCCUUCAGCAAAUGAAGACUGCCCCCAAGGAUGCAGUGCUAAAGCCUGCAGUUUCUACCGCAGCAGCUGCAGAAGAGGGCAAAAAUUGCCCAGAUUUGAGCUUGGCUUUGUGCUCUUUACUGAAGGCUCUGAGAAAGAGCUCCCAGGAGGAGAUGUCACUGUUGCUGCUGUCAAUUGCUUGCAGUGCAGGAUAUGAUGUAGAAAAUAAUACAUUCCAGUGUCACCUUGGUGCUUCGGAAAUUGACUUCAUGUUAUUGGAAAUGCAAGCAGCACACGAGAAAUACCUGGCUCUCUGUGAGAAAGAUCCUUAUAGAGCUCAGGCUUAUUUAAUCCUGACAGGUCUAAGAAUAUCAGCUGACCAUAAAGACGUGCCUUCAGACGAGAAGAAGAAACGCCUCGUUUUUAUGACUGAUCACAUGAAAAACCUGUGGACAAAUGAAAUGGCUGCUGUCCUCAGCAAACAUAAUACCUGCAAUAACUGGAACUUGUUGGAGAAAAAUUUGGCUUACCUUAUUGAUGGAAAUUAUGAAGCCACAAAGUGUGAUCAACAGAAAGAGAAAGUCUUAAGAGAAUUAGAAAGUAUAUUACAGGAAAGCAACCUGUCUGGGAACUCAAAGUGCGAAGAUGCAGAGUCCAGCUGGAACAAAACUUUGAGCAAUCAUCAAAAUAAGGAGUUUUUCAAUUUGCUGAAGUCACUUGAACUGGAACAGUAUUAUCCAAAUAAAAUGAAAAUGUCAGACUUCCAUCUCAUUCACAAAACAUCUGUAUUUGACAGACAACCAAGUACUGACCAGGAACUGCCAUGUUAUUUUUUGGAAAAGAUACUCAUGCUGGACUACCGGGCAAGAGAUCUGGCUUGCAAAGAUGAUACUAGCCUUCAGCAAGAUGGAACCAAAGUAUCAGACAUUGCUGACCAUGCAAGCAAACACUUAGAUGAUUUAGAUUUCAUUUUUGAAGAUGCUCGUGAGGAAUCUCAUGAAGUUUUUCAAACCACUCAAAAGCCCAUCCACCCCAUGGAUGUCCAGAUGGCCAUUUUCUACUGCACAGAUGAUUUUAUGAGACAGUACAUUGCAAUGAAGCUCUCCUUCUGCCAAUUUGCCCUCCCGCUUUUGGUGCCCAUUCCCUGUACUUCUCAAAUAGAGUUACCUCUUUGGUCCUUCUGCCAGGUCUACAAGCAAUGGCAAGAGAAGGGAAGCAAAUUGAUUUAUCAGGUAGCUACACCUGUGGUGUCUUUCAUCAGGUUUAGCGCAUCUUCAUCUUCUAAAUCCCAACUUUUGAACCACCUGUUGAGUAAACAAAAGCAUAAUAUCUUUUUCCAUCGAUACUGUAAAGGGAGCAACAAAAAUGGUCUCUUGAUGAAAGGGGUGGUAGAAAUUGCAUGGUACUGUCCAGAUGGGAAGGGAAAUGACAUCUUUGACACUUGUAUUGCAUUCACUAAUCUUCAUGGAGACUCAAAAGAACAUAAAGAGCAGGUUAACUUUUUGCAGGAGAUAGCUGCUGUCACCGUGGUUCUCUUGUCAGAAAAUGACUGGAAUGGGAAUGGAGAUAGCAAAACAUUUCUGAGAGAGCUCCUCAAGUCUCCCAAACCUUUCAUUUUCCUUUGUGUUGACAAAGAGCAAAUUUUAACUAACAGGCACCCAAGAAGAAUAAAAAUCGCUGUUAAAAAUCGCAACGAGACAGCUUUAGUUGAGGAACUGGCAGAAGAAAUUAGGUCCAUUUUAAAAAUUUCAAAUAGCUGUCAUAGCCUUGAGACGUGUGGAGUCAUUGCCCAAAAGCAUGGCUUCCUUGUAGAUGAAGACAAACAGGAGUGUAAAGCAGGCAAAACCAUGGCAGAAAAUAUAGUAAAUAUUCUGAAAGAAGAAAAUAUCCUAGGGGAAAAAAGCACACUCCUGCCUCUGCAGGGAUCAUUAUGGCACAUGUGGUGUAAGAAAGACAGGGAGCAAAACCAUUUGCAAGACCAUGAGAACAUGGAACUUGAGCAGCAAAUAAGCCAAAUAAAUUCUGCAAAGCAAAAAAUAAGGCAAGACCAAUUAAAUCAGGUGUUCCCCCUUAAUAACCUUAUGAAAUCCUUCCUUACACAUCUGUGCUCUUCCUUACCUAACAUUAAAACAUACUUUCUGCAGUGGCUGAAAAUCUUUAUGGCUAACCGGUCCUCAGAUUACCUACCAGAGCUUCAAGAGAAGUACCAUAAUUUAUGGACACAAAUGAGGUCAGGAGAAAACGGUGACUUGCACUGUGAAUUAGAAGACUUAUCCAAGGAAAUAAGUGAGUCCACCUUUGGCUUAGAGCAUCUUCUUAGGGAAGUCAGUCAGCUUUAUGAAGCUUUGGAUGUGCCACCUCAACAGAAUCGGGUUGUCAAGUUUCUGCCCCAGAUAGCAGUUGAUCUGCUUGUUUCAGGGUAUCCUAUAGAGUUGAUGGAUGGUGAUGCUUCACACGUGCCAAUAAAAUGGAUCAGUGCCAUUUUUGACUCAUUAGCUGAGAAGCUGGGGGACAAAGAAGUGUUUGUUCUUGGUGUCCUUGGAAGCCAGAACACAGGAAAGUCAACCCUCCUGAAUACCAUGUUUGGCCUUCAGUUCAGUGUCAGUCCAGGGAGAGGCACGAAGGGUGCUUCUAUGCAACUAGUGAAAGUGACUGAUGAGUUCAGGCCAAGGCUGAACUUUGAUUUUUUGCUUGUUGUUGAUACAGAAGGACUUCAGGCUACAAAACUAGAAAACAGAACAAUACUGAAUCACGAUAAUGAGCUAGCCACUUUUGUCAUUGGCCUGGGCAAUAUGACAAUAAUAAAUACUUUUGGAGAGAACCCUUCAGAAAUGCAAGAUGUGCUUCAGAUCGCUGUGCAGGCAUUUCUGAGGAUGAAGAAAGUAAACCUCUCCCCAAGCUGUUUGUUUGUAUGCCAAAAUGCUGGGGAAAUAACCCCAGAAGAAAAUAACAGGGAAAGCCAAAGAUGCCUCCUGCAAAAGCUAGAUGAAAUGACAGUCACCGCUGCUCAGCAAGAGUCCUGUGAUGUCAGCUGCUUUAGUGAAUUGAUCCACUUUGAUGUGAACUCUCAUGUUUACUACUUUCCACAUCUCUGGGAGGGAGAGCCACCCAUGGCACCACCAAAUCCCAUUUACAGCCAAAAGGUACAGGAACUGAAAAGCAAAGUUCUUAUGGAUGGACAGAAAAAAUCCCAACGGGGCCUUCUGACAUUCUCUGAAUUAAAAACACGCAUUCAGAACCUGUGGCAGGCUUUGCUGAAUGAAACUUUUGUUUUCAGCUUUAGAAAUAGCCUGGAGCUUGCUGCUUACAGUAGGCUAGAGAACAAAUAUGGCAAAUGGACCUGGCAGUUGAGGAGCUUCAUGCUUUAUCUUCACCACAAGCUGAAUAUCCAGAUCCAAAAUGGGAAAAUCCAUGACAUAGACAAAUCCACCCUGGAAGAGAGUAUUCGGAGCACAUAUGAAGAUGUUCAAAUGGAUUUGGAAAAGCACUUUAAAGAAGACAAAUACAGCCAUCUAAUGAUUCAGUGGAAAGAGAAUGUUAAAAUAAAGUUAGACUGUUUAAAAGAAGAGCUCAUUAACAAAACUUGUCAACAUUGUGAGAAGCUGAUUAAUCUGAAGAAGUGUCAGAGGAGUUGUGAACAAAGGAAAUCUGUGUACAUAGAUGAGUUGUUGAAAAAAAGCAAGGAAGUAGCCCGAUGCUGCAGAGACAGAGUGCUGAAUGAAAGUGAACUGAGAAAGUAUUUCAAUGGUAUGUGGAAAGAAUGGAUUUCAGAAGUAUCUCCUCUUGCAUCUCACAUAAAUACGUUCAAUAUUAGGACUGACAUGGAACAUUUUCUUUGCGACUUCUUCAGAACUGAACAUGAUAUUAGAAACAGGAUUAAAGAAUCCUCUAAAUGGAGAAGUUUUCCUGCAGAAGCUUCUCAUCACAUUUUCUUUAGGAAAUUGAAGAAAAUUUUUCGAAAAACUAAAAUAACUCCCAAGGCCCCCUGCAAGUUGACAAGCGAGCUGGAGAUGCUUACCCAUGAAUACAUCAAGAAGAAAGAAGAGGAUAUUAUGAAUUACACUUCUAGUUAUUUUCAUGAAUUAGUGGAAAUAAUAAAUGAGAGUAUACAUGCCUUUGAAAAUAAAUAUCAGUUACAGACCUCUUCUUCAUACCGAGUGGAUGUAUCACUCUAUUUGUGCCAGAUGGCAGCACGAAAUUUUGCAGAAAAGUAUAAAAUCUUCCAGAAAGAGAAUGAUCCUUGUUUCUAUCUUAACAGCAAGAAAGAAGAAUUGUUUCAAUCAUUUGUCAUAACUUACCAAGGAGCAAAAUCUGUCACAACAUUUGCUGCCUUUUUGUGCAACAGCCUUCAGUUGGCAAUUCGUGAUGCAAUCUAUGAAAAGACUGCGAUGGACAUAGUCAACCUGAUGAAGUCGGAAGACCCAGCUUUCAGUGGUAAUCGAGAGAACUUAGAUAUGUACAUGUUGAUUCAUCUGGCUGAAAAUGAAAAUUUUGAGAAAUACUUGGAAUACAUUUAUAAUCCAAGUUACUCAAUGGGGGAAUUUAUCCGACAACGGGUUAAUAACUAUUGUUUGGAUAAACAGAAUUCAAAAUUAAAGAAGUUCUUAAAUUCUCAUCUUGAUGUUUUCAAAGAUCUUAUUCUCUGUGCUAUCAAUGACUCAACAAAAGUCGUUGAAGAUAAAGGAGGCAAUGUAUUCUUGUGGCUGGAUGAAUUCUGCAGUAGGAUAGGAGAUUACUUGUAUCUUCCAAGGCAUACCUUGAGCAGCAUUGAACAUCAAGAAGUCAUAGGCAUAAAAUUGAUUAAAGAAGCAGUUUUUGAUUCACUACUUCCUGUGCUAGAUAACCUAGAAGGAGCAUUCUCUGAGACUGAUUUGGAACCAUUUUUUGCAAAACCUCAUGAGAUUCUCUUUGAGCAAUUUUGCAGAUGCAUGAAGCAGUGCCCGUUUUGCAAAGCAGUUUGCACAAACACCAUUCCAGACCAUGAUGGACAACAUAGCACUUAUCUCCAUCGUCCACAGGUUGUAACAGGUAUCCAGUGGGCAGAAACAAAUCAUUUUGUCAUUGAUAUUUGCUCCAGCAUCGUAGCAAGUGAUUCCACCUUCAUCGUUGAUGGGAAGGAAAUUCCUUGCAAACAGUAUCGUAGAGCAGGAUCUGAUUAUGCCAAGUGGAAUAUCCAACCAAACACCUCUGUGCAACGUUAUUGGAAAUGGUUUGUCUGCCACUUUAGAAAUGAAUUACAAAAUGUCCACCAAGGAGUUUUUGAAGGAAAGGGUGAAAUACCACUUGAGUGGGAAGAUAUAUCUAUAGAGGAAGUUAUUUCUCCAAGGGACAUAUCAACGUUUAUACAGUCAACUUACACUUGGGUUGAGGAGAGCACUUGGCUUGUUUUAAAAGAAAAACAUCCUAAUCAUAACAGUAAAAAUGUCUCUUAA